CUAGCAACGUCCUCAGUGUUUCAUCCACACCGAUAAACACACGCCAUCUUCGCGGAGAGAAAAGAAGUCCCUGUUUAAAGUUAAACUCGGUCUCUUCAAUUUGCGAAGAUUUUUGCUUUUGGAGAUGGCGCUAAGUGUGGUUUUGAUUUGUUUCUUGGGUCUUACAUUUGCUUUUGCGGCAGCUGAUCCCAGCUCUCUCCAGGAUUUCUGUGUCGCUCAAGCCGGCAGUUCAGUGCUCGUGAAUGGCCUAGCUUGCAAGGACCCCAAAACAGUUCAGGCAAAUGACUUCUCCUUCGGUGGGCUCCAUCUACCAGGCAACACGUCAAACCCUGUCGGCUCCAAGGUCACCCCGGUGACCGUGACCCAGCUCCUGGGGCUCAACACUCUCGGAAUCUCCAUGGCGCGCAUCGACAUCGCACCGUGGGGAAUCAACCCGCUCCACACUCACCCCCGAGCCACUGAGAUUUUGACAGUUUUCGAAGGAACACUUGAAGUAGGGUUCAUCACUUCCAACCCCGACAACCGCCUCAUCUCCAAGAUCUUGCAAAAGGGUGAUGCGUUCGUCUUCCCUCAAGGCCUUGUUCAUUUCCAAAGAAAUACUGGAAAUCGAAAUGCGGUAGCUAUCGCAGCUCUUGGUAGCCAAAACCCUGGUGUAAUUACUGUCGCUAAUGCUGUGUUUGGGUCGACUCCUGAUACUUCCGCGGACAUUCUUGCCAAGGCAUUCCAAGUUGAUAAAAGUGUCGUUGGCCAAAUUCAAUCAAAAUUUUAG